AGCACCCGUCCUGCAUGACAGGUCACAUCACAUAUCCGGAAAUUUCUGUACGAACAAGGAAGUUGAACCACACGAAGUUGACUUGGGCCCUUGGGGUGGUGAGAUUUGCUCGUUCGUGUCUUUUCUCCAUUUCGUUCUCAUGCAUGCCGCGAGCAGGUAGAUUCAACGAAUAACUCUCUUCUUGUAAAAUCAGCAAACUGGUGAUCGAAAAUAGAGCCCAAAGAUGGAGAUACCGCCGAUAAAGAAGGGAUAUUUGUACCGGCCGCAGAAAGCGGGUUUGAAGAAACACUGGGUGAAGCGGUGGACUCUUCUGUACCCGGCCUCAGAGGCCCAACCACCCCGCCUGGAGACUUUUGACAGCAAGGAGGCCGCGGCCAAAGAGGGCACCAAGCCGUCGCUCAUCAUCUUGUCUGGCACGUGCCAGGCUACCCAGACCACCCAGCACCGAUCCAGGGAUUUCGUCAUGGACCUGACCGUCGAGGAGAAGAUUUACGUCUACGCGGUUGAUUCACAGGAGGAGCUGGACACCUGGCUACAAGUGCUCGGUGAGGUCACAGCAGGUCGUCCGGGCAACAGGGCAUCGAUCGUACCUGACCUCCCCUCCUUCAGCAGCGAGACUGGAGAAGGCCUGCAGGAAAACACCUUGUAUGACUCGUAUGAGACGAUGACAUUCAACAUUGCUAUCAAGCCCACUGCCUUCAGUGACUCACUCAACCUCCAGGGUAACUACACCCUGCAGAUUGACUCUGUGAAAUUGUCACUCCUUGACGAGAACACUAACAACGUGCUGUACGCGUGGCCAUACCGAUACUUGCGACGGUACGGUCGGGACAAAACGUCCUUCUCGAUGGAAGCCGGGCGGAAAUGUGAGUCGGGCCCCGGACUGAUCAUGUUUGAAACAAAGGAUGGCAACGACAUCUUCCAUAACAUCCAGAACUUUGUGAACAACAUUUCAGGGCGGCAGCAGACGCCACCAGUCCAGUCCCACCAGAGCCACUCCCCCAGCUUCCUCCGGGAGGGGCACCACCCCCAGCUGCAUGAGUCUGGUCGCAAGCCGGCCAGCCCUGCCAAGGUAGGCAGCAAGCCUCCACUCGUGGUGCCCCGUGCUGGCCACCCGGCAGUGGAUCCAGUGAGUGCGCUGGUCACGGAGAGCACCCUCUUCAAGCAGAAGCUGGCCCAGCGGAAGGGUGCCGAGGACCCGGUUGAGGAGGUCACAUCGACGGAGCCCAGGAAGCCCAAACAGUACCAGCCCAGGGGGAGCAAGGAGAGGCCGCCCCCCACCCAGCCUGCACUGUCCAAGCCUGCACCACCCCAGCCUGAACCUGUCUACUCAGAGGUGACGGAAAGUCUGGACCCAUCAGCCAGUGAACCUCUCCCACCCAUGCCAGAGGGAGAAUACUCCCUCCCCGAAUCCAGUGACAUCCACCUCCGGCCACCCAUGCCUGCCACCUCCGAUCUUCCAGAAUCCAGUGAAUAUGAUGUCCUAAACUCUACCAUGGCCCCACGACAUCUCUACGACACCACUGUAGAAGAGCCUAUUAUGGAAGGAUGGCGAAUGUACGGCCGCACCGAAGACAACAUCCACACUGAAAACUACAUCAAAGGGUUGCGAAUCUUAGAGGACGAGGAACCUAGCAGCGAACCCGAGCCUACCAAGCCCAUUGCCAAGCCCACAACCGUCAAGUCCAAGCCUCCCACAAAGCCCAUGCCCUUGCCCAAAGCCCGACAAAUUGUUCGCACCACCAGGAAUGCCCAGACCCCCGACACCAAGAAGGACCCACCUCCAACGAUGGCCAGUGACAAAACUUAUGACCUAGUUGGGGCCCUGCUGCCACCCGGCGCUAGCACAGGACCAGCGGCAGUCGACAGCAUGGACGUGUAUGACCACUUCGUCCGUCCUGCCAUCAUCCCUCCGGUUCCUGCCCCCAGGAAGACACACACCGGCCAGAUGUCACAAGCGGACGAGUCUGAACUCUAUGACCACCUGCAGCGAGAGGCCAACACUGGCGGGUCGAGAAUGACACCCAAGCCUUACAUACCCAAGCAACGGUCGUUCGACCCUGAGGAUGCCUACGAUGUUUUGCGCGUGGACGACCAAGCCGCAGGGGCCAGCCUCGGGGCUGGUGUACUACCAGAGGAGUCACAGUACAUCGAGGCAAACCUAACCCAACCAGGUUCCAACCCCAGUGCCAGCGAGAUGGACGAAAACCCUUACGAUGUUGUUGUGUAUCAGUGAAUCCUGUCAACUUCCAUACAACGUUAAAGCAACCAUGCUGCACUCUGUCAAGCCAACAAGGACGUCGAGAUCGCUAUGAGGUAAAGUUGCUGUUCAAAUUCCUUAUCAGCCACCUUGUACGGUGCGUGCAUUCACCGAGUACACCAGGUACAAGGUGUACAUGUAAGUAACAGUCUUGACUCACGUAAUGCAAGCCAAUCCUUCCCAGCUGGUAAGCACAAACAAAGUCUCUGUUUGUUUCUCUUGGAGUUAAAUAUGCCCCGAGGACAACACCCCGAAAUUUCUCCAUUAUCCUGACUGAAAACACUGGCUAAUUAUUGUAUGAAUUUGAGAAACAGUAUUCCUGAAGAAUUAUUCCAUUUCAUCCCUAUUAGAGAUGUGAGCAUUUUUCCACAUGUAGAUUUUAUGGACUUGCUUGUAAAUGUACAUGUACGUACAUGUGCGGCCACAUGUGCCACAGAUUAUAAACAGGACAUGCCUUCGAGUGACUUCCUGAAACUCUAUUCUGGCUGGCUCGUAAAAAAAAUUAAACACUGUGAUAAACUGACAAAAACAUCUUGAUAAAACAAAGGAAUUCAAAACAAGAUAAAUGCCCUUUAUAACAACACUUAUCAGUGUUGUGAGAUGAAAUGAAUAUCUCAUCGUAAACAUUUUCACCAUUUUGGGGGGGAGUCCUCGUUUUCUUGUUUGUUAUGGAACCCGACAAACAAAAUCAUCUCUUCCAUAAACGAUAAGGCCCUGAAAAGCAUUGCUUGCCAACUUUUUUUGUUUUUUUUUUUCUAAUUUUCUAAAUAUAGCUUGUUCAGCCAUUCCCUACUGGUAAGGAGUUUUCCCAAAAAACAUGGCCUGAUUGAGGCGGUCCUUGCCAAAUUUAUUUACCGAUGUGUCUAAAUGCGUGCAGGCACGCCAUUUGGGGGGGGGUGUCUGUGGCUUGAUCAUUUGACAUUGGUUUUAGCUGCUUCUUGUUGAUGCUUCCUCCAUGUACAUGUACAUGUACCGGUAGGCCUGGAUUCACAGUGAUUUCACUGCUAGCUUGUGGCUGUCAACUUGGUACAGCUGCUCACAUUCGUACAUGUACAUGUAACUCGGUUCAAAAAUCAUACCUGGAUAGGUAAGAAGUGUAUAUUUUCAUUAAUUGUCACGAAUCUGGCAAUGUUAUUUGUUCCGGAGGACCAUACAUGUACAUGUACUGUAUGUCAGAUUUUCUUUGAAAUGCAACCAUGACAUCACGUCACUCGUGUCUGCAAAGCAGCUAUUCACACAGCUUUCAACAGGGGUCAAAAUAUCCAGGGUUAUUGUUGUAGUGUACAUUAACUUACAUGUACCAUACAUGUACAUUUUUUUUACGUCACACCAUGCAUAAACCGGAACGAUGAAGAGUCCAAACACACAUGUAUGUCUUCAUACAGCAAGUUUUUGUACUCUCCACACACAGUGCCGGUGUGUAAACAUGUAUCAGAAAUCAACAGACACUCACAGGCACAAAUUCACCAUAUUCAUUAUUAUUAUAUGACAUAUAUUCAUUAUAUGACAUUCUGUUAAAGGAAAUGGAAGUGCACUGCACAUGUACGCGUUGGUGUUUGUUGUUACACACCAUACAUGUACACAUCAGACAACAAUGUCUCUUCUGUGAUGUAAACACCAGACACUAUAUUAUACCCAAUAACUACACUGUGCAUGCACCGUUUGAAUGUGACACUUGGAGUUAACCUUUUGCAACAUUAUCAUCAUGAAAGCACUGUGCACUCAACAGUUUGUUAGACCUUAUGGGAAAAUGCCAGGAUACAUACAUGUGUACUUGUACAUUCCCAAGCCAGCUCAGGGUUCAUGUACGACCCACAAUAACAAAAGAGGGAGGGAGGGGGGGCUGGCCUUCAACAGCCAGAGCGUGCGUUCUUCAUCUGGCAAUUUAGUGCAUUUUAUAGCCAGGUGUAUAAAGAAGUCGGUUGAUCAAAGGUUUCAGGCAGGAUAGAGAGCUUGGGGUGUUUAGCAGAUGCAUGUAUAAACGGUCAAUGUUUGCCACUCAACCAGGAUACCACAAUCAAGCAGGGCACUUCCUCCCCGGAGUGUCCAUACAUGUAAAUAUCCAACGUACUGAGUUCUGCUCACACAAUGUACAACGUACUACUUUAAAGGUACAGUCCCACAUUUGCAGCUGUCCAUAAAGUAACUGAUGGAAUUGUUGAAAAGCACACUUGGUUUCAAGAUACCGCACAUGUUGUUACCUGUUUGGGACUCAGCUCUCCAUGAAAUAAUCCUUUCAAGCAAGCUGUCAUUUUGGAGAAAGCUGUGAAAGAAGACUAUUCCGCGGAGCACACACAAGCGUUGACAUGAUGACCGUCUACGCGUUGCUAUAAUUCGCUGGAUCAGUACGCAGCCUUGCGUAGCUGCUGUAAAUGGAACAAGAGUGACUCCUCAAUUCUUGAUUUGAAAUCAAGAUCCUAACUUUGUUUUUCUUGAAAUAUCCAGCAUGCACUUACAGCUCCAACUGUCACUUGCGUAGCACCCUUUAGAUUUUGAACACUUGUGUUGCCUCAAACGAAUUGUCCCUAACUACCCAAAACCUGCCAUACUCCAAUAGCAGGUUUUGUGAGGUUUUGGCAGGUUUGGUACCGACCUGAGGAACUUGUUGUUGAAUUUUGUGAGAGUUGGGAUGAAAGACCCGGGGAGAUGGUGUUGGAUUCUGUGUGAGUUGGGACACAAACAGGUCACUGUGUGCAGUGUCUGGCUUGCUGUACCAGU